AGCAAUACAAUUUCCAUAACCAUAAAAUAUCGGUUCGUUUCCAACAUGUUUUCCUCGUAGUCAAAUAUUUGCCGUGAAAGUUUAGCAUCGAACGAACAAACUUUGAUUGGACGCAAAUGUACUAUGACGCAACAUUAUGUUAACUUUACUGGUUAUCUACGCGUUCUUUGCGUCAGCGAAUGGUCAUAGUGAAUCUAUUCGAAACGAAGAAGAGUGCAAGAUCGCCGACCUGUGCGUGCACGACAAGGUCCCCAUGUGCGGGAUCGACUCCUGCGGCGAAAUGCGCACCUUUAUCGACACGUGCGACAUGCACGAGUUCAAUUGUGAUAGCAAAAAAGACUUCAAGCAACGCCCGAUCCACGAAUGCUGGGUCACCUGCAAAAGAGGCCGGUCGUUCAAGAAGCCGGAGUAUAGAACUGACUGCAACAUCAACCUGAAAACUAGCAAUAGAUUGUAGCCUGCA